AUGAAUUGCUUUUCGUGCUUCCAAUCUCAGAAAAGCAAGAGAGAGAAUGGGUCUCCGAGACAUCUAGUUGAGCCAAUGGUGCCUGAGACUAAGAAACAAAAACCUGGAGAUGGAAACAAGACGGCGGAAAAUAGAGAAGUUGACGUAGGAGACAUUGAGACCCAAUCUUUCACCUUCCGUGAGCUUGCCGCUGCAACCAAGAACUUCCGUCAAGAAUGCCUGUUGGGUGAAGGUGGAUUUGGAAGAGUGUAUAAAGGGACACUGGCGUCAACCGGGCAGGUAGUGGCUGUGAAGCAACUUGACAGGAAUGGACUGCAAAAUAACAAGGAGUUUCUCGGUGAGGUUUUGACGCUAAGUCUUUUACACCACCCAAAUCUGGUCAAUCUCAUUGGGUACUGUGCUGAUGGAGACCAGAGGCUUUUGGUGCAUGAAUUAAUGACAGGAGGCUCUCUAGAGGAUCAUCUCCUUGACGUAGGAGCAGAACGAAAGCCAUUGAACUGGUUUGCCAGAAUGAAUAUAGCACUUGGUGCUGCUAAAGGUCUAGAAUACUUGCAUGAAAAGGCCGACCCCCCUGUUAUAUAUCGCGAUUUAAAGCCCUCCAACAUUUUACUGGAUGAGGAAUUCACCCCCAAGCUCUCUGAUUAUGGACUCGCCAAGCUUGGUCCUAGCGGGGACAAGAUGCAUCCAUCAUCAAGAGUGAUGGGAACUUACGGUUACUGUGCUCCAGAAUAUGCUAGGGACCCAAAAAAGUAUCCUGAUAUGGCUGAUCCGCUUCUUAACAAUCAAUUUCCAGAAAAGGACUUGAAUCAAGCUGUUGCUAUAGCAGCAAUGUGUCUGCAAGAAGAGUCAUCAGCCCGUCCUUUGAUGAGCGAUGUUGUAACAGCAUUAAGUUUUCUUUCAAUGGUUACUGAUAUGCCUCAGUUGAACCCUCCCUCAGAGGAGAAAGCUACUAACUACGAACAACAAGAUAAUGAAGUUGAAGAUGGUUCAAAUGACAAGGACGUGGCUAGCGAUGGCAGUCAGAGCAAAGAGAGUUCAGAUAACGAGGACAGAGCAAAAGAUCAUGAUGGAGACACUUCAGACUAUCACGAUGACGAUGAAAGUUCAGAUAAUGAAGACAGAGACAGUGACUAUAGCGAUCAAGGCAGUGAAAAUAUUGAGCAUCAACUGGCUGACGUUAAUGGGAGCAAAAAAUUCAUCGCAAGCAGCAUGAAAUCAGUGGAUGGCAGUGUUUCUUCAGGUCGCAGAAACAGCAGGAGAUUGCGGGGGUUCACAUCGAAUAGUAGAGGAUCACAUCAUGGAAGUGAUUCCUCAAAUGGUGAUAGUAGCUUAACCUCACAUCCUAACGCCUCUUUACACCAUAAGAGUAGCAAAAAAUCAAUGAAUUCUUUGAGCCACAAAAGCAGCAGGGGAUCAAUACUGGAAGGAAGUACUGUUUCUACCAGCGGCAAAAGCAGCAGGAAAUCACAAAGUAGAUCAAAUGCUUCUUUAAGCCUCUGCAGCAGCCUGGAUUUAGAAGAUGGAAUUAGAUCUGUGAGUCAAAACAGUAGAGGAUCACAGAAUGGAAGUAUUUCUUCUUCUGUACAAAGCAGCCGCAAGGACCCACACGAAGGAAGGGCACGUUUGGACCACGUCAACAGCAAGGAGUCAGAUGAUGGAAGUACUUAUUCGUCAUGA